UGAAAGAGCACGCGUCUCCCAACCCGCUGUAGUGUACCUGUUAGGUGGCAGGCAACGUCCUUGCUUCCAAGUUGCACUUUUCUUUCUGCAUUUCGUCAGGUCAGUAUGGAGGACUCUAGCGUUGGCCGCACCUCGUCAAGAUCUUGGCCGUCAGUCGAGAAUCUUUCAUCCGAAACGAAAGCUCCUCUUCCGCCGGUCCAGGUGAAGAAACAAGCUGUGAAGCGACACCACCACAAGCACAACCUGAAACACCGCUAUGAAUUCCUGGAGACACUCGGGAAAGGGACAUAUGGCAAAGUAAAGAAAGCCAAGGAGAGAUCUGGCAGACUGGUUGCCAUUAAGUCCAUCAGAAAGGAGAAGAUCAAGGAUGAGCAAGACCUGGUUCACAUUCGCCGGGAAAUCGAGAUCAUGUCAUCGCUGUGUCACCCGCACAUCAUCACCAUCUACGAAGUCUUUGAGAAUAAGGACAAAAUCGUGAUUGUGAUGGAAUACGCCAGCAGGGGGGACUUGUACGACCACAUCUGCGACAGGAAGCAGAUAUCCGAGCGGGAGUCGAGGCACUUCUUCAGACAGAUUGUGUCCGCUGUGCACUACUGCCAUCAGAAUGGAAUUGUUCACCGGGAUCUGAAACUGGAGAAUAUUUUACUCGACGGCAAUGGCAACGUCAAGAUUGCCGACUUUGGCCUGUCAAACCUUUAUCACAGAGACGAGUACCUUCAGACGUUCUGCGGCAGCCCCUUGUACGCAUCUCCAGAGAUCGUCAACGGUCGGCCGUACCGUGGGCCGGAGGUGGACACGUGGUCUCUCGGAGUGCUGUUGUAUACUAUGGUUCAUGGCACCAUGCCCUUUGAUGGGAACAACCACAAGGCACUCGUCCAACAGAUCAGCACCGGAAAUUACCGCAAACCAAACAAACCCUCUGAUGCGUGUGGUCUCAUUCGUUGGAUGCUAAUGGUGAACCCUGAGAGCAGAGCUACAAUUGAGGAGAUAGCAGGACACUGGUGGCUUAACUGGGGUUACCAGCGGUGCCUCCUGGCUGAGACAAAGCCUAGCCAAGUUGAGGAGACGGCAGCCACCUCUCCGUCAAUGCAGCACCCGGCCGGGUUGGCCGGCGUCGCCAGCUGGCUGCGGCGUACGUCGAGGCCUUUGCUGGAGAACGGCUCCAAGAUGCGCUGCUUGCUGCGCUCGCAAGGUAGCGGCGGGGGUGAUGUGGUGCGCCAACGCUCUUUGCGGAGGUCACGGAAAGAGAAUAAUGUCUCCCAGCCCGGCCAUGAAGGGAGUACAGACACCCGGCCUUCCAAAGGUAUUUUAAAAAGAAGAAACAGCGCCAAACAGAAGGUGAUGAGCGAGACUCCCGUUGAGGUUUCAGCAGAGCCGAAGAACAUUUUGGGUUUGUCCACUUCGGCCAGUGAGCCCUCCUCUGCAAUGCAACCUCGCAAAGGUAUCCUAAAGAAGCCCACAGAGCAGGAAUCUGGCUACUAUUCCUCCUCUCCUGAGAACAGUGACUCUAGCUGGGUGCAACAAUCCAAAGCGUGCCCCUCGGCUUCGACGCACAGAAAAGGCAUCCUCAAGCGGAAUGGAAAGUUCUCCUCGGGUGGGCUUCAGGAGUUCGGCUCAUUGGAUCAGCUGACCGUUUCGUUACCCGGCCGAAGCACCAGGCCAAGAUCAGGUGGUGCCAUCAGCGAGGACAGCAUUCUGUCCUCAGAGUCAUUUGACCAACUCGAUCUUCCAGACUGUGUAGGACUUCCUGCACGCCCAGAGAAAGGCGGUAGGCCCACCAUGAGAGGAUGCGUUUCAGCCGACAACCUGCUGGACAUUCAAGAAGAAGGUAUUCUCGGAGAUGGGCUGCAGAGGCGGUGGAACUGCUACGACGCCGGCGUGGCCGACAGCGCCUUCUCCAUUACAGACUGCGAUAAUGUCACUCAGGCUUAUAAGCAGGCCUUGAUGAUUCACAGCCCCGCUCCAAGCUGAACACAACGAAGGCUCUGUCGCCAUCAUACGUGGCCCCUCUGCCAAAGUACAUUCGGACAAGUGCACUUUAGGCAUUAUCUCAGUGGCCAACAUCAGGAAUUGCACACACCAAAAAAAGGGAAGCGGCGGAGAGAAUUCAUGGCUUGGUCAUGUUCAAAAAUGAAUGAUUUUUUGUAAAAGAAAAGGCAAGAUGGAGUCUCAGGGCCUCAAACUUGGCGUAAUCAAAAUUCACCCUCAAACCAAAACACCUUGAAUGCAAGUUAUUGUUGGAUGUCAGUCAUUUGGUGGUCUCUGGGCCUAAUAUAAGACUUUUAUCAAUUAAUGUCCUAGUCAGCCAGGUUCAAUAUGAGUAAAGCUUCUCAGCUUUUACUGCAUUCAAACUUCAACAUUACAAAAUACCAAAGAAAACUGCCCGAGCGCUCAGGUCAGAUUACUUACCAUCCAUGUUUUGCUUUGAAACGAUAUAUGGGCAUAUUUGAACGAUGACAUGACGAACAAUUUAACACACAUGCGUAACCUGUUGGACCUGCUGCUACACCCAAAUUUAAUCCCACGCAUGCACGUGCACAGGCGGCCACUGUCUUUCAACAGGUGACGUUUUCCAGUCACGAGCCGGGAAAAACGGCAGCAAUUGUUUGACGUAAACACUGGGCUUUCUUAGUUGAAUGUUAAUGUGUAACUGCUGAAGUAAAUGAUGGCGCAUGUUUUUUGGGUAUGACGCAGGUCUUCCAUUUCAUGAGGAAGUGCUAUGGGGAUUUUGCUAAAGCCUAAUAAGAGCUGCUAUUCUUUUAUAGCUUACACGUGAACAGACCGAUCCAAACUGCGUCAUGCUAUCAAAAUGCUUGAUUAACAAAAAUUUGAUAACUACGCUUAGUGUUUGUUUUAUGGCAUUCAAUUGUGGUUUAAGAAAAAGACAUUUCUGUGUCUCUUACUUUACACUGGAGUUUCUGAUAUUACUUUCUAAAUCACAACAGUAAGUUAUACCAUCAGAAAGUGAUGUCAUGAUAAAUGGUGGUGAAAUUACUGUAUUGAGCAAACGUAAAAAGAGGAUAAACACAAAACUCUUCUAAAACUGGAAUGUUGAUGAUGGCAACGGUUUUGUUUCAGUUUUUUCUUGAACAAACUGAAGCUUAUCGGGAAUGUAAAGCAGAUGUAAAUGUGUGUAGAUAACAUGCAAAGUUGAAUUGUCAGAAUUUCAGCUCAUUCUUGUCAUUUCAAUAAUUAAAGGAGCAGUGUUCAUGAAAGCAGGUAUUGGUAUUUUUGGUACAACUUCAUGUGCUUUUAAUUAUUUCAAUACCUUUUGUUGUGCCAAAGUUAUUGUCUUGUCACUCUUGUUACUGGGAUGAGGGCCUCAAUAAAUAUUUUUUUAAGUAUCUAAA